GCGAGGCCGCGGGGCGGGAUGAGGGGGCGCCGGCCGCCUCUCGGAUUGGCUGCGCUGCCGCCCCCUCCGCAUCGCGCGCCCCCUCCGCACCGCGCGCCCCCCACCACGCGCCCAGCCGGCUCCCUCCCGCAGGCUCCGAGCUGCUGCCCGCGAAAGGCAGGACGCGCAGGGUUGGGACCGGCCCCCCAGCCCCGCUCCCGGCCCCGGGCGCGCGGGCACCCCGGGUCCUGCAGCCUCCCGAGCGCGGAGAGGCGGGGCCGUCCGCUCCCGCCCGGCUGCCCGCGCCCCAUCCCGUCCCGCGGCCCCAGCUCCAGGAGCCGGGCGCCCUGCGCGAGGGCACUCGGCUGCCAGAGCGCCGAGGCAGUACCUUUAGCCUGCGAUGAGAGGAACCCGGGAGAGCCCCCGGGAGCCCACGGAGAGCUUGGCUGCUGCGCCCAGGGUUACUGCUGCCGCCGCGGCUGCUUGAAACUCCUCAAAGUUGAGAGCCGGCGAGAGGCUGCCGCCCGCCGGGAGCCUGAGGGAAAGGAAGUCGGAAGGUGCAAGAGCGACAGACACUGACGCGCAGACCUUCGGAAGGCACCGCGUCGGCAGCCUCCCCGGAGCCAGCCAGGCUCCUC